AUGUCCGCCAUGUCGUUUCCUUCAACCACGCCGUUGCGGCCUGUACCGGGCGCGUUUCUGAACACACCAGCUGUGGCCUCGAGAUUUCAGUCCGGGUCUGAUCCAGUGCGGCGACAACUGUUUCCGACAUCGUCGAGCGCUCAAUCUGGUGGCCAGGGUGGAGGAAAUUUGGUGUCUGGUAACUCGAUACCUGCUUUGGUACCUGGCGGAUCGGUUAGAACUCAAGAAUCCAGCGAGACUUUGACAACCGUGAGCGACUCUAGCGACUCGGGUUUCGUUGCUGCCAAUCCGCUGCCAGCUCCGCGUGUCGAGAAUGUUCCUCCCAUCUUAAAGGCCGCAAAGGCCAUCAACUCAUUUUUGCAGAUGGAUGAAAGCUUUCCUGAUUUGGAUUCUUAUUGCAGGCAGGGCGCUUCCUCCGAUUACGAACUUCCAGGGCGAGACUCACCAUGGGCUCCGUUCCACAAGACGCAAAUGUAUCCGAUUCCCAACCGAGUGUUCGAUCAUUACAACGCGGGAGAGCUGCAGACCUUGAUGGGUUUGUUUGCAGAGAUUAAUCACGCCUGGGUGGUCAUUGACAACUCCCUCUAUCUUUGGGACUACACGCACCCAGAUCCCGAACUGAUUGGAUACGAGGAGCAAUCGCACACCAUCCACGCGGUUUCUUUGGUGCCGCCCAAACCUGGCAUCUUCGUCAAGACUAUUACACACAUCUUGGUCGUGGCCACUUCAUCCGAGAUGAUCAUACUCGGUCUCUCAGCCUCGGACACGGCUGCGGGAACCAAGUCGGUUGCUUUGUAUCAGACAAAGAUGAACCUACCUCUGCGCGGCAACGACGUUCGUGUCAUUUCCGGUUCCGCAGAUGGGCGCAUUUUCUUUGGUGGAAGCAGCGACGUUGAUAUCAAUGAGCUGUACUAUCAAUCAGAAGAGAAGUGGUUCUCAAACCGAUGCGGACGAAUCAAUCACACUAAUCCUGGCUGGUCGUCUGUCAUCUCCUUACAAUAUGGGUUCUGGUCUCACAAGGACCAGGAGCAUUUGGUGGACAUUGUCGUUGAUGACUCCAGAAAGCUGGUCUACACCUUGUCGAGCAACUCAACCAUCAGGACAUAUCAUAUGGACGGCCCUGACCGAUUGAACAAGGUCAUCGAGAAGGACAAGCUUCACUGUCUGCGUGACAUUGCCCACAUGAUUACGCAGUCCAAGUUGCUGACGGACAAGCUGAAAAUUGUUUCCAUAAGCCCGAUAUCAAAACAGGAAGCGUCCAAGCUCCACCUCAUGGCGCUUACGGAUUCCGGAUGUCGACUUUUCUUCAGCGCUACCAACGCAUCAUCGUAUCUUUACGGCUCUCAGUCGAAUCUGGCCCCGCAGAGCAUGCAGGUUCAAUUCAUUAAAUUCCCUCCGAGCCAGAAUGCAAGACGAUCAAGGCAAUCCGCCCCCUCCGACCCACCGGGGGAGUCAGUCGUUGACUUGGAGUCCACCAUGCUGCUCCCCAGUCGGCACGGCGUCAGAUUUGCCCCUGGGUUCUUCCUGGAUUUUGUCGGCAGUGGCAACGACGCAAAUGCUGAUACCCUCUUCGUAUCUGGACCCGAGACGGGGCGAAUCAAGCGUGUAUCGCCCACAGCGCCGUUACGUUAUUUCGAACAAGCAAGCUGGAUCGACAUCGGCAGCCGCGCGGAAGCUGUCGGACUCGUCACCAAGCCCUUCGCUGCCGCUUCGCAACCCUUGGGAUUCGGCAACGAAUUGGCCGUUCAGUUUGAUGAGCCACUCAGCGAGUUUGCGGUUCUGACUAACACGGGCAUUCACAUCAUCCGUCGCCGCAGAUUGGUUGAUACCUUUGCUGCGGCUAUUCGAGACGCCCCAGGCGACGAGGCUCUGGAUAUCAUGACUCGCCGGCUGAUCCAGUUGUACGGCCGAGUCGAGACCGUUUCCACAGCCUUGGCGGUUGCUUGCGGUCGCGGAGGAGAUUCGAGGCCGGGUGCAGCACGAGCCAUUGACCAAAGCACGCAAGACAGGGCUAGAGCAUUGUUUGUAGACUUUGGAGGUCAACCGACCAUUGCAGAGACUGACGGAACGUCGUUGACCACCGACUCGGUCAAACUUUCCUCCAGACACGAUGCUCUCGCCCUCUACCUCUCGCGUCUAAUCCGAAAGCUUUGGAAAGCCCCGGUGAUAAGCUCGAGCGUGGCGCCUGCUGGUGGCGUUGUCAUCGUCUCGGCCAUUCCCUUGGGCAAGCUUGGGGGGAUCCAGGAGAAUCUGGAGAGUCUGCGGAGGUUUAUCGAAGCCAACCGCGGCCUCAUCCAGGGCAUGUCUGGACCAUCGGACCUGCAAAGGGUUUCGACUCGCCAGGAAGAGGUGGCUUUGCAGGCCGAGCACCAGGCUCUACAUGCUUUGCAGAAGCUCAUGGAGAGCAUCUCGGAAGGUAUAUCUUUUGUGCUUAUGCUUUUUGACGAACGCGUGACGGAUAUUUUCGCACGACUGGACGACACGUCACGGCAGCAGCUCAGGGAGCUCACCUAUGAGAAGCUAUUUUCGCAAAGCGACGGAAAGGAUCUGGCCAAGCUGCUUGUCAAGGCCAUUGUCAACAGGAAUAUAGAGAGCGGGUCCAAUGUCGAGACGGUGGCCGAUGCUUUGCGUCGACGAUGCGGAAGCUUCUGCAGCCCCGACGACGUGGUCAUUUUCAAAGCGCAGGAGCAGCUCAAGAGAGCCUCGGAACAAGCUCCGAACACGAACCAAUUCAGAAGCCUUCUGCACGAAAGUCUCAAGUUGUUCGAAAAGGUUGCCGGCAGUCUCACCUUUGCCAAUCUCCAAGCUGCAGUGACGCAGUACGUCGACAUGAAGUACUUUGCCGGAGCCAUACAGCUAUGCCUGGUUGUGGCUCGCGAGAAGGAUCGCGGCAACAUGGCGCUGAUCUGGGUCAAUGACGGCAAGCCCCCUGCCGAUCCUCGCGCAAAAGCGUUCCAGGACCGAAAGAGAUGCUACGACCUGAUUCACGAUGUGCUCCGCCACCUGGACGCCGAGUCAAGCACGGAGCCCGAGAUGAUUGACGGCAAGCUCACUCUCAUUGCCACCAAGAGAUUGGAGGCCUACAACGUGGUGAACGGAUCGGACGAUGAGGUGUUCCACUUUGGCCUGUACGAGUGGUACAUUGAGCAAGGGUGGACGGACCGCAUCUUGGCGAUUGAUUCUCCGCACGUCAUCACCUUCCUGCAGCGUUUGGCGGGCACAGAUGUUAAGCAUGCCGACCUCUUGUGCCGCUUCUACACCAACAGAAGCCGUUUCUUUGAUGCUGCGGAAGUUCAAGCGCAGCUGGCCGAGUCCGACUUUCCCAUUGGCAUCAAGGACCGCAUCCGACUGCUCAGUCUUGCCAAGGCCAAUGCGAACGUGACUACUGUUGGCAUAAGCCGGCAGCAGCAGCAGCAGCUCAACCAUCAAGUGACUGAUAUGCUGGACAUUGCCAAUAUCCAAGACGACUUGCUGGAUCGCCUCAAGAUGGACGAUAGAAUCGACCUAGAGCGAAAAGCCGACAUUGAGCAGGCUCUCGACGGCAAGGUCCAGACUCUUUCAGAUCUCUUUAACCAAUAUGCUGAUCAAGCCGGCUACUAUGACUUGUGCCUGCUCAUCUAUCACACCGCCAACUACCGAAAUCCCACAACCAUUGCAACGACUUGGAUCAACCUAAUACAACAGGCACACGACGAAGUCAUGGCCAGGCUGGAGAAUCCAGAACCAGGCAUGCCAACCCCGCCGUUGCCGUACGAAGCGGUUUCGAGCAGAAUCCAAAACAUUGCACACCACACCUCCCUCGACAGCUUCGUGUUUCCCAUUCAGACGCUUCUUCCCGAGCUGUGCCGCUACGCAGCUGCGUACCAACAAGACGCCACCAUAGGAGCAGACCCAACAUGGCCGGUACAGCUGUUUCUCGCUCUCGGAGUGUCCCACGACAUGAUUGUACGGGUGUUGGAGAACAUUUUCGACACGCAGGACUACGGCUUCAGCGGCAUGGUGCGCAAUCGCAUCAUCGAGCUUAUCGUCUACGUGGUGCAGGACUGGGUAGCCGAGAUCCGGCGUCGCGGAGGCGUCGGCAAGGGCGGGUCCAUAGGCCCAUCGGUCGGGGAAUUGCUAUCACGAUGCGAGGCUGCUUUGCCGCCCCCAGGCCAGGGCCAUAACAAUGGAGGGACAGACUUGGCAGAUAUCAGACGGAUGCUCAGAAUGCUGAGGAGAGAAGUGGUGGGGUUGGUUGAGAGCGCCCCUACGGGGGGAAGCCGGCUGUUCGUGUGA